AUGUCAAAUGUCGCUGUACGUUCAAAUGAACUAUCAACUAUUUGGCCCCUAUUAAUUGAUUAUGAUAGACGCGAAUGUCUACAAAUCCUACGUCGUUUGGAACUUGAAGCUUAUAGUAAGAUUGUAGCAGUUUUGAGGGCACAAGGGCCACUUACAGAAGAGAAGAAAACACUUUUAUGCAAACUGCAACGUCUUUUGAGCAUUUCUAUCGAUCGGCAUAAAGCAGAAGUUCGAAGAGCCUUGAAUGACGAAGAGCUUGCUACAAUUUCAGAAGCGUAA